UAAAAAAAUUAAGUUCUCCAUCCCGUGAUCUCACCGAAUUCAUCGCCAACAAGUACACAUGCAGACAUCGCACAUCUCUAACUCUCUUUUUGAUGUCUUGUGCAUUCGACAUCGUUUAGUUUUGCUGUAAAAAUAGCGCAGACAAACGCCCUCGUAGAAAGUUAACGAAGAUGUCGCGUUUCUUUGCCAAUGGGUCCGACUCGGAAUCCGAGUCCAGCGAGGAGGAGAUCCAAGCGACCAACUUCAACAAAGCUAGUGCCUUCCAAUUCAGCGAUGAUGAGGAGGAGGUCAAGCGUGUGGUACGCUCCACGAAGGAGAAACGCUACGAGAACCUCACAAGCAUUAUCAAGACCAUCCGCAACCACAAGAAAAUUAAGGACAUCCCCAAUACUCUGACUGCCUUCGAGGAGCUAACGCGCGCGUAUCAGAAGGCGCUGCCGGUCAUCUCGAAGGAGGAGAAUGGCAUCACUCCGCGCUUUUACAUUCGCUGUCUGGCCGAACUGGAGGACUUCAUCAACGAGGUGUGGGAGGAUCGCGAGGGCAGGAAAAACCUGUCUAAGAACAACUCCAAGUCGUUAGGCACGCUGCGCCAGAAAGUCCGCAAGUACAUCAAAGACUUCGAGGACGAUUUGUCGCGAUUCCGUGAGGCACCCGACCAGGAGAGCGAAGCCGAGGACGAGGUAGUGCCGUUGGACAGCGAUGGUGGAGAUGCUGGUGACGAUAGCGAUGUCGAAGCCAAGCCAACGGAAGCCGCUCCCAAAGCGGCGAAGCUAGCACCAACCAAGGCUGCUCCCGCCGAGGACGACGAUUCCGAUGACUCCAUUGACUGGGACUCGGAUUCCGAGUCGGAGACCGAAUCCUCCGAUGACGAGAAUCAGUACCAGAACAUGCGUGAGCGUUUCUUGAAGCGCACCACCGAAAAGGAGGACAAGGACGACGACAAGCGGAAGGACAAGCGCAAGGAGCAGAAGAUCAAGAUUCGCAAGCGUGCCGAAGACGAUGAGGAUGGCGAGUGGGAGACCGUUGUUAAGGGUCAUGUUGUGGAGAAGCCCAAGAUGUUUGAGAAGGAUGCCGAAAUUGACGUUCCUCUGGUGCUUGCCAAGCUUUUGGAGAUCAUGUCGGCUCGUGGUAAGAAGCGCACCGAUCGCCGCCUUCAGAUCGAUCUUCUGUUUGAGCUGAGAGACAUCUCAGACCAGCACAACCUUGGAACCGCUGUCUCCGUGAAGAUCCACUUUAACAUCAUUUCGGCUAUCUACGAUUACAACCAGAAGAUCUCCGAGCCCAUGAAGCUGGAGCACUGGGCCCUCCUGCUGGAGGUGAUGCAGAGCAUGUUAAAGUUGCUGCUGGCCAAUCCGGACAUCGUUAUGAGCGAGAGUGUCGCUGAGGAGAAUGAGGAGUACACUACCUCACCGUUCUACGUUCGUGGAUGCCCUCUGGCCGCCGUUGAGCGUUUGGAUGAUGAGUUCGUCAAGCUGUUGAAGGAAUGCGAUCCUCACUCCAACGACUACGUAUCACGGCUAAAGGACGAGGUGAACGUGGUGAAGACCAUCGAACUGGUACUGCAGUACUUCGAGCGCGCCGGCACAAACAACGAGCGCUGCCGCAUUUAUCUGCGCAAGAUCGAGCAUCUGUACUACAAGUUUGAUCCGGAGGUGCUGAAAAAGAAACGCGGCGAGGUGCCAGCCACGACCACCACCUCUGUGGACGUAAUGGACAAACUGUGCAAGUUCAUCUACGCCAAGGACGACACGGAUCGUAUCAGGACGCGGGCCAUCCUGGCUCACAUCUACCAUCAUGCCAUGCACGACAACUGGUUCCAGGCCCGUGAUCUGGUGCUGAUGUCUCACCUGCAGGACAACAUCGAUGCCGCCGAUCCGGCCACCCGCAUCCUGUACAACCGCAUGAUGGCCAACCUGGGUCUGUGCGCCUUCCGUCAGGAGAACGUGAAGGAUGCCCAUCACUGUCUUGUGGAUUUAAUGGUUACCGGAAAGCCCAAGGAGUUGCUCGCUCAAGGUCUGCUGCCCCAGCGCCAGCACGAACGUUCCGCAGAGCAGGAGAAGAUUGAAAAGCAACGCCAGAUGCCAUUCCACAUGCACAUCAACCUGGAGCUGCUUGAGUGCGUCUACCUAGUGUCCGCCAUGCUGCUGGAGAUUCCCUACAUCGCAGCCCAUGAGUUCGACGCUCGCCGCCGCAUGAUCAGCAAAACGUUUUACCAGCAACUGCGUUCGUCUGAGCGUCAAUCCCUGGUCGGUCCGCCAGAAUCGAUGCGAGAACACGUCGUGGCCGCCGCCAAGGCAAUGCGUUGCGGCAACUGGCAGGCGUGCGCCAAUUUUAUAGUCAACAAGAAAAUGAACACGAAGGUGUGGGACCUGUUCUACGAAUCGGAUCGCGUCCGCGAGAUGUUGACCAAGUUUAUCAAGGAGGAGUCGCUGCGCACCUACCUGUUCACCUACUCGAACGUCUACACCUCGAUCAGCAUUCCCUCGCUGGCGCAGAUGUACGAGCUUCCCGUGCCGAAGGUGCACUCGAUCAUCAGCAAGAUGAUUAUCAACGAGGAGCUGAUGGCCAGCCUGGACGAUCCUUCAGAGACCGUGGUCAUGCACCGUUCGGAGCCAUCGCGCCUGCAGGCCCUGGCCAUGCAGUUCGUGGACAAGGUGACCAAUUUGGUCGACGUCAACGAGAAGGUGUUCGAUAUGAAGCAGGGCAACUUCUUCCAGCGCGGCAACAUGGGCAACCGCGGAGAUCGUGGCUACAACCGCAACCAAAACAACCAGGGCGGCAACUGGCCUGGCCAGCGGCGGGAGCGCAACCGUAACCGCAAUCAACAGCGCGGACACCACAAGAACCAGCAAGAUAGGCAGCAGCAGCAACAGCAACAAGUCCAGACCAUCGACGAGGAGUAGACGCCAGCGCACCCGCUACCCAAUCCUCUCCAGCGAGCGUUAGCUUAAACACCAGCAAAACUUAAUCAGAACAAAUUUGUAGCACACUUCGACUAUUAAAGAUGGAAUGGCCAUGGAAAACUCGUGGGGUUAAGUGCAGUCAGGCCUCCGGUUCGGUUUCCGACUGGAUCGGAGGUCUGGUUCCAUCAUCCGUCGACAUUGCAUGUUGCUGUAGCCAAGUCCCACAUGAAUUUGUUUUAGCGCUCAUUACGUUAAAUGAUAAUAUUGAUAACUACAUUUUGUAUAAACCCAAAACUCAAAAAACCCCAUAAAACAAGAAAAAGAAAA